UUUUUUUUUUAAUUAUUAUUUGCUGUGAGUACUGGUUUUAAUCAAAUCAAAUCUGUUGUAUAUCAUCUUUAUUCAGAUAGUAUAGAUCUGUUUUGCAAGACAGACCUGAGGACAGAAGAACAAAUAAAAACAGUCAUACAGAUAAUGAUCAGAAAUCACACACCUCUCCAAAACUAGAGUUUUAAAUACUUUGAUGAUAACGUUUUAAAACAGGGAAACUAACAUAAAAUCACUGUACAGCUAGAGGUGUGUGUGUGGGCUGCAGGUCCAGUGUAGACUGUAUGUGUGUAGGUGUCUUGCAUGUUAUGUGAGUGUAUACAUCUAGGUGUGUGUAGUAAUAAUGAUGAGCCCCUCCACCCACCCGGUCUCUCCACCAAACGUGUAAAAAGUGUUAGUUCUGCUCCUCACCCAGGCCUGGAGACGGGAUAAAGCAGUGAGCCCACUAACUGCACUUUAGCGCUAAUCUCGCGAGAGCUGCUCCUCACGGCGGUGCCUGGGCGAUGCGAUGCUGUUGCUGUGGGUUUGAUUGACAGGAAACAUGUCGGUGUGGUGGGAGCGAACCGGGAUGCAGCUGCUGCCACGGGAGACAGGGAGUACCUGCAUCCAAUCCACACAUCAGCACCUUUAAAACCAACCAGGCUUCCCCUCCGAUACGUCUGCUUACGAUGCGCUGAACAGCUUUUCUCUCUCUUUUUUUUUUUAAAAAAAAAAACCCAUCCAUUUGAAACGAAGGGGGCACCCAAUGGAUGCUUUGGCAAACCGUGUAGUCCCGCUCGGUAUCUUCAUAUUGUGUUUGAUUUAGCCUAGAACCAGAGACACCUUGGUGAAACAGCAGGAACUACGAGGACUGUUGUUGCAAUGGAGUCGACUCUCUCACGGCUCAAACCCCGUCUGUAAACCUACAACAUCUCGUUUCAUGGCGUUUUGCAGGUUGCUCUGCUCCGUGGGCUUCUCCACGUUUCUUUUCUGAAUUCUUAUUUUUUUCCCCCUUCCUCUUCUUCUUCUUCUUCUUGUUUGUAUUUAUUUAUUUUCUUAAAGUGCAAAGGGAAAAUAACGACCAGUGCUCGCUAAACUAUGAACGAGGAGAUGACAAAAAGCGAGGAGCAGCAUCUGAGUUUGCAGAAAGCCUUGCAGCAGUGCGAGUUGGUGCAAAAUAUGAUAGACAUAAGCAUUUCUAGUUUGGAGGGUUUACGGACCAAAUGUGCCACAUCCAACGACUUGACACAAAAAGAGAUACGAACGCUGGAGGGGAAGUUGGUAAAGUACUUCAGCCGCCAGCUGUCCUGUAAGUGCAAAGUGGCCUUAGAGGAGCGCAGUGCUGAGCUGGAGGACUUCCCUCGCCUCGGCCACUGGUUCCGCAUCGUCAACUUGAGGAAGGAGGUCACACAGGAGAUGAGCCCGGGUGAGGUGACCCUGGAGGGCCUGCUGGAGAUGAGUGAGGAGCAGGUGUGUGAGCUGCUGCAGAAGUUUGGUGCCAAUGAAGAGGAGUGUGCCCGACUCAAUGCCUCCCUCUCCUGCCUCAGAAAGGCCCAUCAGCUCGAACAACUUGAAGAGGAUAAAUUGCACAGUAAUGGAGGGAGCCAGGCAAAGCAGGACUGGUCCAUCCAAUGGCCCACCUCUGAAUCGGGCAAAGAAAACACUCCGGUGUGCCAGCCAGAGGCCAGUCAAUGGAUCCGGUUCCAGCUCUCCCAAAGCCCCAAAGUCCAGUCCAAGUACAACCAGCACAUGUGCCACAGCCCCCAGGCCCUGGCCCCCCCUUUGUACGUUGAUCGACUCACCGUCGACAGCCCUGCCACAGGGCUCUUCCCUCCCUUGGACUCUGGUCAUCGCUCCCUGCCCCCAUCACCCCGCCAGAGGCAUUUUGGCCACACACCUCCUCGGACUCCCUUGGUGAUCAACACCAUGACCCCACCAGGCACCCCUCCCAUGCGGCGAAGGAACAAAGUGAAGGCUCCAGGAACGCCACCUCCGCCCAGCCGCAAACUUAUUCAUCUGCUGCCUGGCUUCACUGCACUGCACCGCAGCAAAUCCCAUGAGUUCCAGCUGGGGAACCGUUUGGAUGACACACAGACACCAAAAGCCAAGAAGAAGACCAAGCCCUUGAACCUUAAGAUCCACAGCAGUGUGGGCAGCUGCGAGAAUCUGCCCACGCAGCGCUCCCCCCUCCACACUGAACGAUCUCUGCGUUCCUUCUUCUUCCCCUCCUUCAUCCCUUCCACACCUCCCGUCCACGCCGAAACACCCUCUGCAAACACUCUCUCAGUGCCUCGCUGGUCCCCACAGAUUCCCCGAAGAGAUCUGGGAAACUCAAUAAAACACAGGUUUUCCACAAAGUAUUGGAUGUCCCAGACAUGCAUAGUAUGUGGAAAGGGGAUGUUGUUUGGACUGAAAUGUAAAAACUGCAAGCUGAAGUGCCACAACAAAUGCACCAAAGAAGCCCCACCUUGCCAUUUACUGAUCAUACAGCGAGGCGGACGAGAAUCCUUCAAAGAUCACCAAGGAACAACUCAAGUAGCUCGUCUGGUACGGACCGAAUCAGUGCCAUGUGACAUCAACAACCCGCUCAGGUACACAGACCUGCACAUCAGUCAGACGCUACCCAAAACCAACAAAAUCAACAAGGAUCACAUCCCAGUCCCAUACCAACCAGACUCCAGCAGUAAUCCCUCAUCCACCACCUCCUCCACCCCGUCCUCUCCAGCUCCCCCCCUCCCCAGCAGUGCCACGCCCCCCUCGCCCCUACACCCCUCCCCACAGUCAGCGCGGCAACAGAAACAGUUCAACUUGACAGCCUCCAGUUAUUUCAAAUACAAACAACAGUUCAUCUUCCCAGAUGUUGCUCCAGAGGCUCCUCCCAGCAGAGCACCGCAGGUCAUCCUGCACCCUGUCCUGUCUGAACCAGGGAAUGAGGGCAACCCUUUACUUCAGAUCGAAGUGGAACCUACAUCAGAUAAUGAGGAGGGCAAUGAUGAGGACUCUGGCGACGAGUUUGAGGAGAUGAACCUGUCACUCCUGUCAGCUCGUAACUUCCCGCGUAAGGCCAGCCAGACCAGCAUCUUCCUGCAGGAGUGGGACAUCCCGUUCGAGCAGCUGGAGAUCGGGGAGAUGAUUGGCAAGGGACGCUUCGGCAAGGUUUUCCACGGACGCUGGCACGGUGAGGUCGCCAUCCGCCUGAUCGACAUCGAGCGUGACAACGAGGACCAGCUCAAGGCCUUCAAACGUGAGGUGAUGGCCUACCGCAACACUCGCCACGAGAAUGUGGUGCUGUUUAUGGGGGCCUGCAUGAGCCCACCACAUCUGGCCAUCAUCACCAGCUUGUGUAAAGGCAGGACACUUUAUUCUGUGGUGCGGGAUGCCAAGGUUGUGCUGGAUGUUAACAAGACCCGACAGAUCGCACAAGAGAUGGUCAAGGGGAUGGGCUACCUCCACGCUAAGGGGAUCUUACACAAAGACAUGAAGUCCAAGAACGUGUUCUAUGACAAUGGCAAAGUCGUCAUCACCGACUUCGGACUCUUCACCAUAUCUGGGGUUCUGCAGGCUGGCAGCCGGAGAGAAGACAAACUGAGGAUCCCCAAUGGCUGGCUGUGUCACCUGGCCCCAGAAAUCAUCCAGCAGCUCUCUCCGGACACAGAGGAGGACAAACUUCCCUUCUCCAAACAGUCAGAUGUCUUUGCUUUUGGCACCAUCUGGUAUGAGUUACAUGCACGUGAGUGGCCUUACAAGAGUCAGCCAGCGGAGGUGAUCAUAUGGCAGAUUGGCAGCGGGAUGAAGCCCAACCUCGCCCAAACCGGCAUGGGAAAGGAGAUAUCAGACAUCCUGCUCCUCUGCUGGGCGUACAAGCAGGAAGAGCGGCCCAGUUUCUCCAAGCUGGUAGAUUUACUGGAAAAGUUGCCAAAACGGAACCGUCGCCUUUCCCACCCAGGGCACUUCUGGAAGUCAGCUGAGCUGUAACGGAGGCAUCGAUGGGACUGUGUCUUUGCGUGAAGCUCGUCCUCAGCUCUGCUAACAUCUGCUCCACCACCCGCCCACCUGCCUGCCUGCCUGCCUGCCUGCCCUACCACCCACCCCACCCCUCCUUUCUUGACCCCACCCUGCUUCCACAAUCCCCCCUUCCCCACCUUUCCUGCUCCUCCUCCUCACUCCAGCUCUGACACUUACACGUUUCCCCUUAAUGCCUGAUUGGACCCUUUAGCGGUCAGUAUUUGCCCACUUUGCCAGAGUGGGUGACAGAACAUGCCGCAGACUUUCAAACAGAGAGGCCUUUCUCCACUCUAUGCCUGAAGCCCUUCCCCAAAACAGCACCCUUGUCUUUCUGUUGAGGAAAUUUCAUCAUUCAUACGCCACCAUUCAUGCCAUGCUGCUACUCAUCUUCAGCUGCAAAUAUGUUUUUUAAAACCCUGAUUGUGCAACAUAUCAUUCUUAGCUUUGUAGCCGUUGAGAGACAUUUUCACAACAGCUCACCCUAUACAUCUGUUAAUUACAACAUCUGGAGUGUACAAAUUAUGCAAACAACUCAACUUUGACACAUUUUGAGAUAAUUAGAGUCAGUCAUUUUGGUUGCCAUCCUUUGAAGACUGUAUAUCUCCACAAUGUCAACUUAAUAUGAUUUAAACAAUGUAUUCAACAAUCUACUAUUUUUAGAGGUUUUAUUGGGCUAAGAAGUGGGAAACCUUUCAACCGUGAGAGUAAUAUUUAAUCUUCCAGUUCAGAAAACUUAAAAAUCACUUUUGGAGAUUUAUAGUUUGCUUUGGACAAUGAAGCAUGGCUACUGUGCUUCAAAAUGUGUAUUUCUAUGAUAUCAAGUCUAAUUUACCAAGUAAUGCAUACUUAUACUUUGUUAUCCACUGCACCACCAUUUUUUUUUUUUUUCCAAAGGCUUUUUCUUUUUUUCUUUGUUGUCUUCUUUGGAAACUGUGCCUGUAACCAAAAAUAGUCCCACACCACAACAUGCAAGUCUCCUAGAAAUUACGAUAAUUUACUACUAAUAUACUACACUUUGGGAAAAACAUAACGUUACAUGAAGUACACAAUGAGGCAUACUUAGCACAAUUAAGGCAUAUUUUGAUUGAAUGUCGCAAAAUAUUCAGAUAAAUAUGACCCACCUGCCUACCCUGUGAACACAACCCAUGCAAGGCAGCAAUUACGUUUCUUACCAUGUAACCGGGAAAACAAGUUAGUAGUAUAUUAAAGUAAUUUCUAGAAAGCAUGGUUGACAUGAUAACAAUUUGAACAUCGUGCAGUUGUGUGAAUGCUAUGUAUUAUACACAGCUGCAUCUGCAAGCUGCCCAGCACAUCAACAGACUUCUACUGGUGGCCACCCAACAGCUGCAUCUCUGCAGUCGGUAGGUUAAGUGCCUUGUUCGAGGGCAUCUCAGCAGCAGCGGUUAUUAAGGAGGAAGUGAUUCAUUAUUUUUGCCACUUAGAUUUCCCAGAUGGUCCCAGGAUUUGAACCAGUUUCUUUUUGAAUGCUCACAGGUGUGACUCCCUAACCUUACUUCACAAUACUCCCAAAAGACAACAUUUCACUUAUAGUAUUAUCUGUACAUACUGAAAGUCAGUCAAGGUUACUUCUUCCUCUGUUUCACAGAGAAAUUGUAAAACUGAAACAAAGCUACUCAUCUGACAUCUGAUUCAAACUCUGAAUGAAGCUUUGCAACUUUACCUGGCAAGCUUGAACAAGUCAUCACUUGUGAAAAAAAUGUGAGGCACCAGAUGCUGGUGGAGGGAAUCAAACCUUCCAAAGAGAAUAUCUCAGUUUAAUUGAUUCCAUUACAUGGUCUGCUAACUUAGAAAUCAGCACACCCAUUUGUCUGGACCGACAAAUUAAUCCCUUCCCAGUGAGUGAAGAAGAAUGAAAUGAAUUCCAAAAACUCGCUACCCGCCAUACGAAUGUUAAAAUAUCUCUAUUGAUAUUCGCAUCCAGUGGAAUGACUGAGUUCUCUUUUUCUCUUAGGAAUUUGCCUCUGAAAUAUUAAAUCUCCAGGUGACUAAAGAUGUUUUUGUGUAUCACAGUGUGCAUGCUGUCUGAGCAAAUUACAAAGACACUAGAAUACAAGUAAUAGGACAGAAUAUAUGUAUGUGAGUGUGCGAGUCAGUGAGCUAAUAGAUUAUUCAAACUCUUCCCCCACACAUGUAGGUGUCUAAUGACCUCAAGGCUAUGCAAUUAGAAUAAAGAAAACAUACGGUUAAACACUUUAAACUAAAGUGCUGAUUAAAUAGACUAAUUGUCCUUGACAGUUGUGAGUAUGCAUUUAACAUUUUUCUAGUGGUAAAAACAAAAGAUCUUUUUUGUCUUUUAAUACACCUGCAACUUUUACAUAAAUUUAAUGCAUGAUUUUGAUUUAUUUAUGGAGCCUAUCUUCCAAUAAAAUCUGAUUUUAUUUGCUAAUCAAGGUGGAGGAUUAAAUAUUCAAACUCCCUUUAUUCUCUCUGACAAGAGCACUUGAAGCAUCGCUAAAAUUCACAAUGGUCUUCAGAGGCAGCCUGAAAAUCACUUAUUCAUAAUUCAGGGUUGGUCUUUAGCACUCAGUUAACAGCCAAAAUCACCACAUAGUGAGCGCUGGUUUGUCCUGCAUCUAUCUGAUACAAUGGCUACUCAUACAUGUGCACAAUAAUGCAUUUAUUUCCAAUAAUGUGAGCAAAGUAAGACUUUGAUUAAGGCAUUGACAUGGAUUCAUGCUAUGACAACUCUAGUUAAUAACACCAUUUACACGAGUCAUGUAAUUAUUUUGAUUGUUUGUUUUAUUUUCACCCUGUCCUGCCAUUAUUCAACUUUAAAAUGAUGACAGAAAAUUUGGAAAAAAAAAAAAAAAAAAAAAAAAUCUGAAUUUCUCAUUCAGAGUGAACAAUACCCAAUCACCAUAUAAGAAAGACGGUGGUCCUUUUUGUGUGUAAAAGCUUCAGGCAGACCACACAAUACAGACAUGGAAGAUGUUUGAAUUGUGUGCUCUGCCUGUAGCUUUACAGACUCCUGCUGCAUAUUGCUUUGGUUUUAAACUUGCAGGUUGACAGCUUACACGAAUCACAGCUAUUAUUCUUCACACUCAUUGCUGGUUUUAAAGCAUAAGGGUGAUGAUAGUCACUAGAUGUAUGCUUUAUCAUUUGAUUAAGAGCAUAAUCACAUAUACUGCAGUGUAGCAUUAGCUACAUGUGUAUAUAGUAUUUGAAUAAAUUGUAUUUAUAUCAACUGUGCCAUGCUUAUAUAUGCUCAAUUGCUAUUUUAUUAAGUGCACCAGGGUAAAGCAGUAAAUGCAGUAAAAUACAACAGUCCUGCAGUAAAUCCUCCCACCAGAGACAUGUUUCUCUUAUUUAGUCUCAUUUCAGUGCGAUAAAUAGAGAAGACAAAAUAACACCUGUCAGCAUGACAGAAUCCAAACAUACACUUAAACGAACACUUCACUUACUUUGGUGACAGUAUCACCAAAAACUGAACAUUAUAACUUUACUCAAGGUUGAAUUUAUUGCAAGUUAUGCAGGCCUUGUUAUAAAGUUUGUGUUUUUUGUGCAACAUUUGGGUUUGUUCUACUGUCCAGAAGAAAUGAAAAAAAUGUCAAUAAAAACUUUAAGUGAUAACUUUGCAUUUAUUGCAAGGCUGUUGUAUUGGAUAGCAUUAGUUUUAGCUGGGUGUGGUGGUGGAAACGAAACGAAACGAAAAGAACACACGGCACAUAUAUGACUUCAACUUGGUGCCCACAUUAAUUGAAAGUGUGAAAGUCCUCCCCUAACUAGCUCCUGAUGUUUUAACAAUUCUUUUAAGACAACCAUGCUCUGCAUCCUAUAUGAGUGUGCACAGUGUGGGCAGAAGACAAACCCUGUUAGACCUAUUUCUCUGCAAUUCCUCUUAACCUUCCUACACGCACUUGGCUAACAGUGCCCUGUUGAGAUCAAACACAGUGGCAGGACAUCAAAAAAUGGAAAGGAAAAAAAAAAACAUAAUUCACCCAAGAAGAAAGGCAGCACUAGACUGCAAAAUGAACUGUUCUCAGUUCCCCUGCCCACUUAGUUCUCUCCAGCUCGACAAAAAUAUUUUCAGGUGACACAAGUAUCAUACCGUACAGUCAUCUGACAAAUGACAAAUGCAGAUGAGGAGGUGCAAAGAUUAUUUUCCUAUUCAUUACUGACAGUAACAAUGACAAACAGUACAGGCUGCAUGAAAUGUAUAGAUACGUGAAUUUUCCCAAAAUCUGUGGUCUUAUAUAGACAAUGUGCAACCUUGUCUGCUGAGACAGUGUCAUUUAAAACCUUUAAAAAAUGACAUGAUAUUAUAAAAACAACAAAAUGUUAAAGUCCCUGUGUCUCAAUUAGCUUUAAAGGAAUAGGGAAACAUUUUGGGAAAUACUUGUUGGGAGUUAGAUGAGGAGACUGAUAGGAGUGGUAUUUGGAUUUUUUCAUCUAACUCUCAGCAAGAAAGAGAACAACUUUCCAAAAAAUAUUAAACAAUUCUUUUAAAGCCAGAAAUUCAGCAAGGAGGACAGUGAAGUCUGUUGUUCCAUUAGGCACCACAAAAUUGUCCCUAGUUUGACUGUUAUACAAGGGAGCACACCGAAAGGGCUUCUCACAGUAGUUCUGUCAGUAUCUACUUUUUCCAAGUCUUUUUUUUUUUUUUUUUUUUUUUUUUUUUUGGGAAAGGUUUAAAAGGUGAUUCUGUCUCUGUCAUCAAAUCAAAGUCAUGAAAACUUGAGAAUGUACAGGAUGAUGUCAAAUACAAGCAGCUUUUCCCAAAAGGGAAGAGUUGUUCCACUAUGAACAGAUUAGCCUGCAUAUACAACAUAACCUCCUUUCUGAUGACAACCGCUCACAACUGGUCUAUAUUUUGAUUCAUGUCAUAUUGCUGAUUCAAAUGUGCUCUGAAUCUAUUUUUGUCCAGGGCUCAUCCCUCCCCCAUUGUUUGCCCCAUUUGUCGUCAUUUUGUACCUAAAAUGCUUUGCUGCAACACAGUCAUAAUGCUUCACUCCGCCCGCAUUCACGACCUCAUCAUCAUCUCCAAAAUCACUUCUUUAUGACCAUCAUCAUCCUCAUUAUACCAUCAAUGACAAUGCUGUCUUUACUCGAAAGAGCAUAUCUAGCAUUCAAGCUUGUAAUGGAUCUUCAUUUGUAUAAUUUGUACAGUAAAGUUUAUAAAAGUUUUCUACCCUUCCAGAAAUUAUUUAGUUUCUGCUGUUCAACUGAAUGUCAUUGAAUUACAAUUUGCAGGCCUUGUUAUAAAGUUUGUGUUUUUUGUGCAACAUUUGGGUUUGUUCUACUGUCCAGAAGAAAUGAAAAAAAUGUCAAUAAAAACUUUAAGUGAUAACUUCA